CCCUUCGUUUAUAUAGUUUUAUAUUAUUCUUUUUCAUAUUGUUUUAAAUACCAAUAACCUCCAUUUACAUAGUUAACAUUUUAGUGCAAUGAUCGGAAAUUAAAUAUUAGCCCCAAAUAUUAAAGUCACAUCGCUCAUUUUUGCUACGAACCCCAAGGUCUGAAGUUAGCAGGGCUCUUUGAUGCUUCUAGCAUUUCAUUGACUCACACUAAAUCGGUCCCUCCAUCACCCAGUUAAUUUUAACCUUGACCUCCCACAGCUGUACUGCUUUAACUCAGUCCAAAAAAACUCCCUGCUUCCACCCCUUCUGCUGCUCAUGAAGCAAGAGGAAGAGGAAAACAAAACUCAUUCCUUUAAGAAAGAUUCCGCCUCCUCUCUUAUAAGCAAGCGCCUCACGGUAACUGUGGAGUCUCUACUAAGGCACACACUACUACUCAGCACUGGGAGAAGCUGCCGCCGCCGCCGCCGCCGCCGCCGCCGCCGCCGGUCUGAGGCUGCAGUGGGUUUCUGUGCAGCACUGCAGAAUCCACACCUACAGAAGACACACACGUCUGCUACCGUGCACACAAGAAAGCCUUGGUUCCUCAGCGGAUACCAAGGGGAAUCGGCAGACUUGAAGCAUGAGUUCAGAUGCCAGUCAACCCGUGAUCACCACUCCUCCUCCUCCCAGCAUGCCUCACAAAGAGAGGCCUUUCGGGAAGACCUGGAAUGCCUUAUUCAAGAACAGAUGAAGAAAGGCCACAACCCAACUGGACUGCUAGCAUUACAACAGAUUGCAGAUUAUAUCAUGGCCAAUUCCUUUUCGGGCUUUACUUCACCUCCCCUCAGUCUUGGCAUGGUCACACCUAUCAAUGACCUUCCUGGGGCAGAUACAUCCUCAUAUGUGAAGGGAGAAAAACUGACUCGUUGUAAACUUGCCAGCCUGUACAGACUGGUGGACCUGUUCGGAUGGGCACAUCUGGCAAAUGCAUAUAUCUCAGUAAGAAUAAGUAAGGAGCAAGACCAUAUAAUAAUAAUUCCCAGAGGCCUGUCUUUUUCUGAAGCCACAGCCUCCAAUUUGGUGAAAGUCAAUAUAAUAGGAGAAGUGGUUGAUCAGGGAAGUACUCAUUUGAAGAUUGAUCAUACGGGGUUCAGUCCCCAUGCCGCAAUCUAUUCCACACGUCCUGAUGUUAAGUGUGUGAUACACAUCCAUACCCUUGCAACAGCAGCUGUAUCUUCCAUGAAGUGUGGGAUCCUUCCAAUUUCUCAGGAGUCUCUGAUCCUGGGAGAUGUUGCCUAUUAUAACUACCAGGGGUCACUUGAUGAACAGGAGGAGAGAAUUCAACUGCAGAAAGUUCUGGGACCAAGUUGUAAGGUGCUGGUACUCAGAAACCAUGGUGUGGUGGCACUUGGAGAAACAGUUGAGGAGGCUUUUCAUUAUAUUUUUAAUGCUCAGAUAGCCUGUGAGAUUCAGGUGCAGGCAUUAGCAGGGGCAGGUGGCAUAGACAAUCUCCUUGUCCUGGAUCUGCACAAGUAUAAAGCACUCACUUACACUGUGGCAACAUCUGGAGGAGGAGGAGUGAACAUGGGUUCCCAUCAAAAAUGGAAGGUUGGCGAGAUUGAGUUUGAAGGGCUGAUGAGGACUCUGGACAAUUUGGGGUAUAGAACAGGCUAUGCUUACAGACAUCCUCUCAUUCGAGAGAAGCCUAGGCACAAGAGUGAUGUGGAAAUCCCAGCAACUGUGACUGCUUUUUCCUUUGAAGACGAUACGGUGCCCCUCUCCCCUCUCAAAUACAUGGCGCAGAGACAGCAGCGUGAGAAAACAAGGUGGCUGAACUCCCCAAACACGUACAUGAAAGUGAAUGUGCCUGAGGAGUCUCGGAACGGGGAGACCAGUCCCAGGACCAAAAUCACAUGGAUGAAAGCAGAAGAUUCUUCUAAAGUUAGUGGAACACCUAUCAAAAUUGAAGAUCCAAAUCAGUUUGUUCCUUUAAACACAAACCCAAAUGAGGUACUAGAAAAGAGAAAUAAGAUUCGAGAACAAAACCGGUAUGACUUGAAAACAGCAGGACCACAAUCUCAGUUGCUUGCUGGAAUUGUUGUGGAUAAGCCUCCUUCUACCAUGCAAUUUGAAGAUGACGAUCUUGCCCCACCAGCUCCUCCCAAUCCUUUUAGUCAUCUCACAGAAGGAGAACUUGAAGAGUAUAAGAAGACAAUUGAACGCAAACAGCAAGGGCUAGAAGAUGCUGAGCAGGAAUUACUCUCAGAUGACGCUUCAUCUGUUUCACAAAUUCAGUCUCAAACUCAGUCUCCGCAAAAUAUCCCUGAAAAAUUAGAAGAAAACCAUGAGCUGUUUUCCAAGAGCUUUAUCUCCAUGGAAGUGCCGGUCAUGGUGGUGAAUGGCAAGGAUGAUGUGCAUGAUGCUGAAGACGAGCUUGCUAAGCGAGUGAGUAGGCUAACUACCAGCACGACCUUAGAGAACAUCGAGAUUACCAUUAAGUCUCCAGAAAAAAUUGAAGAAGUCCUGUCACCUGAAGGCUCACCUUCAAAAUCACCAUCCAAGAAAAAGAAGAAGUUCCGCACUCCUUCUUUUCUGAAAAAGAACAAAAAAAAGGAGAAAGUUGAAGCCUAACUGAAGUAUUUUUAUAAUUACUAUUAUUACAAUGUAACGUUGCACAUUUAAAUACCACAUUUAAGUUGAUCAUUAAUAUGCAGUGGUAAACCAGAUUGGGGGUAUGCAGCAAACUGGACUUUUAAGAACUGGAAAGAGGUUUUACUAAAAGAAAAACAUAUUAUGAAAAAUACUUUAAAUAUCAUCUCUCAUUUUAUAUGUAAAAAAAGGCUUUGCAUUUUUAAACAAUUGCUAGUUUUAAGUAGCUCUGCCCUCAUGAAAUAUUAUAAUUCACCACAAACAGAUAUCUGUCUGAAUUACUUCAGGCCUUCUCCAUAGUAUCUGUUGGAAGAAAUUACCAGUGAACAAGGAAGAGAAUUUUUAUUUCUCAACACCUGAUUCAUUUGGUAAUCAGAUUAUAAUUUUUUUAUGAUGAUUAUCAGCUGUACCUUUUGGUUCCCAUCGUUACAGUGGGCAUUAACAGAAUGCUUUAAAAGCUUCUAAGAUAAGAAUCUACAACAUUAGUAUACACUGGCAUAUAAUUUUUUUUUAAUUUGAGAAAAGAUUCAUUUGGAACUUUAUUCAUUGUAUAAAAUGUUCUCACCUGAAGUAACUUUGCACCCUCCCAAAAAAAAGGUCAUUUUAGUAAACUAUAAUUUUUGAAAACUUCCUUUUUUAUUAGUUUAGAAUGCCCCUUAUUUUUCAACAAAGGGGAUUUUGUACACAUAACAUGGUUUAUUUAGUUUAACUCUGACAAAAACGAUUUUUGUAUGUUGAGAUGUUUGUAUACCAUUCAGUACAAAAGUGUCAUUAAACAUAUUAGCUAAUCAUUUAACAGUAGAGCAUAUUUGAGGCUGCUUGGUACUAAGUAUACUUCAAUAUAAUUCAAGAAUCCAGGGCCUUGAUAUCAAAAGGGGAUUAGAGCAUUUAAAAGCAUAGCUAGAUUCAUAUUUGAACCUUUUAAAUCUGUUUUUCUCUUAAUAUUGCUAAUCAUUGGAGAAGCUCUCAUAAGAUAAUCAAAUUGAAAAGGAAGAAAAUGAAAGAGAAAGUGAAAAAUGAAGGGAACAAAAGAAGUGGCAUGAGAAGUAUUCUAGUUUGGAUAAUAACUCAUAGCCAGGAUAGGAUUUGAAGUGUAAAUUAUCAGUAGAAACAUGUCCCAAAUUUAUAAACUUCUGCUUCUCUGUGAAAAUCAUUAGGUUCAAUAUCAUUGUUGAUAGUUGAAUUUAGGAGGUCAAAUCCUUUCAACUCAUGUAUCUUUACAAGGCAGCACGAGAAAAAAUCAGUGGGUCUAAUCCCCCUAGUGAGAAAACUACCACUUCCUGAUUUUUACAAAUUUGUCCUAUCUUUUCAGUUAACUUUCUUUCUGAUGUAAAUACAAAUUUAAAACUAGGCUUAAUAUAGUUUUUUUUUCCCCUUCACCCAAGUCGUGUCACAAAUCAAUGUAAAAUCAAAAUCAAUGAUCCAAAAUGGUCAGUGGGUAAAAAAUAACCCCAAGUGUUUCUGGGGGGUUGAGUUGGCAUGUAAAAAUUACAUUGAUUACAGUGUGUUCUGGGGCUGGUUCUCUUUGACUGUGUAUGUAUGAUGAUACAAAGUUGAAACAGAGCCUGGAAAUUUCAUUCUAGAUCUCACUAACUACUGGAAUCAGUGUUUUAAUCUCUUAGUGGAAACUUUCAGUUGCUUAAUUCUGUAUUUGAAGUUUUUUUUUAUUAUGUUCUACAUCAUUUAUGUUGUAUUACAAUGUAUGUAGAAACAGUAACCUGUGAACUAUGCUUUUCCAUAACUUUUUAAAAAUAUAUAUAUCUUAAAUGAAUGCAAUGUGCAUAAAUAUUUUUUAAACACAACAGUGAAAACUAUUUGCACCUUUUGCUAAUGCCUCUAUUUACUUGCUUUGGCAUAAAGAAUGAGCCAGUGAACCCCUGUGUCCUGUGGAAAAUGUAUAAAUGUUAUCUGAUAUUGCUCUUAGAUGUAAUGCUAAUUAAUGUUAAAUCACAAAUAAACAGUAUUUUAAAUAGA